CUUUGACUUUUUUUAUUGCCUAAAAUGAUAGCAAGUGUCAGAGUCGAGAGUAAAUUUUUAUAUUCACUUAAAAUCAUUUUCGGAGUUACAGGGAUAAUAAAAUCAAUCACAGUUAGGAUGAUUUUUUUUGGAUACUGAAAAAGUUACUUGUUGAUGGUGUUUUUUUUAUAUGAAAAUGGAAUUGGAGUCUCAACUAUUAAAUAAUAACUUGAACAUCUUUUCAAACAAUAUGUUUUAUGAUAUUAUUUCUCAAACUUCAUAUCCUAUCAACCAUUAUAAAAAUAAUGAGAAAGAUAAAACGGACCUUUUGAACACCAAAGUUAUCAGUCAGAAUGUAGCAGUAGUUGGCUUCCCAGUUAGUGUGAUGCCUCCUCCUCCCCACAAAAUGGUCAAUUACAAUAAAAAUGAAAUUGAGAGGUACCGGCCUAAAUAUUCACCACCAAGGCAACGAGACAAUUACAGGCCUGUAUCUCCCAAGGGAUAUGAUAGUGAUGAAAGUUGUACUUCCUAUUCUUCAAGAGAGACUCCUCCAGGAACGAGGGUUAAAUAUAAUUCAAGAAGUGGAUCUAAUAAUAUUAACAGGUUAGAUGAGCAAACUAUGGUUUUUGGCAAAUACAGCCAUAGUACUCCCAACGUGUGUCAGCAUUCCAACAUACAGUAUCAAAUUAAUAUACAGCACAAUACAAAUAGUAAUGGUCAUUACAACAAAAAUAGAUAUUACACAAACAGAAAUAAUUCAAACAACAAUAAUAAUUCGAAUAAUAAUAAUAAUAAUGCUCGACACAAACAUGGCGUUUAUUACAAAAAUAGUAUGGAUAAUAUGAUAAAACGGGCUCAUGGUUUGGUUGAAAGAUUUAAAUCCAGAGCGGAAAUGAUGAAGAUUGAACCUGAUCCUCCUGGAUUGACCUUAGGGGGCCCAUGGGACCAACUGAAUCGAGAUAUCUGGAAUAUUUAUAGUAGCAAAGCUCAGAAGGAAAUCACUUAUGAAUGCAAAAUUAACUCUUGGAAAAAUAUUUUUUUAUACAUUAGAAAAUGUUUAAGUAGUUAUGGUUUGUUCAUGGUGGGUUCAACCAUGUCUGGUUUUGGAUUAGAGAGUAGCGAUAUCGAUAUGUGUUUAUUGACAAAGCCAUUCACAAAUGAUCCUCGUUUAGACUCUUUGCACCAUCUGAAUGCUAUCAGGCAUUUGUUAGUCAAAAAUGAAUUGACAGAUGACCCAGAACUAAUUCUAGCUAAAGUACCAAUCCUAAAAUUUAAAGACAAAGAAACAGGAUUCGAAAUUGAUUUAAACUGUAACAAUUCUGUCGGUAUAAGAAAUACACAUCUGCUUUAUAGUUACUCUCGUCUGGAUUGGAGGGUACGCCCCCUAGUGAUAAUUGUCAAAAUAUGGGCACAAGUCAAUAAUAUAAAUGAUGCUAAGAAUAUGACAGUAUCGAGUUAUUCAUGGACGCUCAUGGUUAUACAUUAUUUACAAUGUGGUGUAGUUCCACCAGUCCUUCCCUGUCUUCACGGUCUGAUGCCAGAAAAAUUUAAUUCAAUAGGUGAAAAUCACACCAUGGACGUCCAAGAAGAACUUCCUUCAAUCCAAGACUUCAGAUCAGACAAUGCUCUAACCUUAGCCGAGUUACUUAUCGGGUUUUUCCAAUACUAUGACUCCUACGACUUCAACCACUACGCUAUUUCGGUAAGGGCGGGAUCUAGCUUGCCGAUUGAGGAAUGCAGGUUCAUGAAAGCUCCUAAAAAUGAUCCUCAUCAAUGGAAAUAUUUAUGUAUUGAAGAACCAUUUGAUUACACUAACACAGCUCGAUCGGUAUUUGAUUUGGAAUCGUUUAGGCAUAUUAAAAAUAUAAUUUCUGCCUCAUAUGAACAGCUGUCUUGCGCGAAAAUGUUGUCCAGUAUCCUGCCACUGAAUGGCAAGCAAGGAGUUAGAUGAUAUAUUGCCAAUUUCGAUAAGGACAGCUAUUUUUAGAGAUCUGUUCUUGCCUUAAUUUUUUUCUCAAAUAAGUUCUUAAUAACAGGGUAGCUUGUAGCUUCACAAUUUUGAUAAACAAUAUAAGUAGAACAUAAUUGGAUUAAUUUAGGUCUUUCUGUUUUAUAUAGUUAUAAAGCAGUUAAUAUAAAUUUAAUGAACGUGUUUGUAAUCUUAAGUAUUCUUUUCGGUAUCACCAUUUUUUUUGGUCUGAAUGGUUGAUAAUUUUUAAACAAUUGUGUUAAGCCAAGGGUCAAAUCAUAAUCCAUAAGGUGAACGUCUAUGUAGGAGAUUUAUGUUUACCUAAAUUGGCAUAGAAGCAUUUUGCCUAUCUGUGAGCUAUUUUGGACAUGUUCAAUACUUUUCUAUGAAUUUGGUAAAAAUUAACAUGUUCUUCAAAUUCUAACUUCUAUAAAUUAGUGUAAUAGUUAUUUAUUAUUACAUUUUAAGACAACUGGUUUGUGUCAAUUGUCCUUAACGUCAUCAGUUCAAUAAUAUCUAUUUUUGAGUAAUUAUAUGUUCUAGAAGGGAUAAGAAAGAUUUCGAUUAAUUUUUUAUUUUAAAAAAACCAGGAAGGUAUCACUAACCGUCUUUAAUUUAGUGGGCCGUUUUAUUAAAAAAUUGACAGCUACAACAGUUGUUUAAAAUUAAUAGCUAAUUUAUAUACACAUGUCAUUUAUAAGUAGUCAAAAAUCACCAGUCAAAAUAAUAAUUUAUAAUAUGUUUACACCAGUGGGAUUUUUAUAAUUUUAGUGUACUGAAAGUUGACAUUUUUUCAAAAUUAUCAUCAUUUUUUAAUUGUUGAUUGGUUAUUAUUGACAGAUUAUAAAACUGACUGUCUAACACGUCCGUUGAUUUUAUAUUUUUAUUACAUUAAGUUAAGGCGAGUACAGUAUGAUCUUGUUGAACAUUCCAAAUUUUUGAAAGAAGCCAUUUUACAAGGCGAUUAAUUUUAGGAUAGUUUUUGCUGGGGAAUUAUACAUGUGUGGAAGAAAUGUGUAAUUCUUGUCAAAUUUUUGUAUGUUGUUUGUGUAAAUUUGUCAUUACUUUUGUAAAUUGACAACGAAGUAAAAUUAAAGAUUAAAGAACGAAACGAUAUCUGUCAGCAAUUCUAUUUUGUUGAGCAUAAUUGGAGAAACUAAUAAACUCCUUAACAGUUCAUUUUACCAGAUUUAUGGUCAAUUAUUUAUGUUCUAAUACAUAUUUAUAAGUAUAAAAAAAAUCAAAUAAAUAAAAAAUGUUCAAGAUGAAAUAUUUAUAAAAAAUCAUCUUGAGCAAUAAAAAAAAUAGAUUUUAGUUCAGUUGUUUAUUAAACAAAACAGAAACUCUAGAUUUACGCUUAUAUUUGAGGGUAGAAACCCUCAGAUAGUGAAAAAGAUACAUAUCAAACAACGGGUGCGAGUUCCCAAAGUAUUAGGCAACGAUAUACAGGGUGGAUCAUUGAAUUACAAAAUCUCUGGUGCUUAAAAAUAAAGGGAGGUACUUUUUAAAUGAUAUAUAUGAAGGACACCCUGUAUUUUGUUUUUGUUAAAAUUUUGAGAUUAUAUUUUUGUCGUUGCUCGUAUAAGUUUUUCAGUGUUUUCAGAUGUUUAUACAUAUUAAAUGGUGUAGAUUAUUCAUAAAAAACUGUUACCCUCAAAAAAAAAGUGAAAUAUUUCAAGUUUAAUUUUUGUUUAAACAAAUACCUCAAACGUCCGAAGGCAGCUUUAACAUUCUUGGACGUUUGUGAUACUAUGAAUGAUUUUUUAAUGUAAAAAAGAUCAAAAACUUAAUAUAUUUAGAUAGAAGUACUUUACCUUUAUAAAAACCUAGUAAAUAGUUGUAUAUAUUUUUGUCAUUCUGUAGAGGGUAGCAGACAAAAAAAACAUUAAAAAAAUUUAAAUAAAAACAAAAAAUAUAUAUAGUUAAAUAAUAUUCAAUUAUUUUGAUCUCAAAUAACGAUGAUGUAUGUAAAAGUUUGUUUGUCAUUUACUUCGAAAAGUGAAAAAACAUGUUGUAAAACUCAAAAAUCUAUAUUUUCACUAAAAUUGUGGCCAUAAAAAAUUUGUAGCUAAGGUAUUGAUACCUAAAAGAAUUGGUUAAAAAACAGUAUGUAUUUUAAACAUUUUAUUGAUAUAGUUUUUAUGAUGAGAAGAAUUCUUUGAUAGAUUUUGCAUGUUGCAAUCUUGCAGCAUUCAUCACACAUUCCUGACUUUCAAUUAUUUUCUCUUAUUUCCGGGUACAAUUAUGCAGAUCACAACAGUCAAAAUUAAGCUCUCGAAAAGCUGUCAAUCGACAUUCAACACCCAAUUUUCUUAGUGGUUCUUUUCGUCUUUUGCUCCGAGAAAUUCACCUUUUUUGCAUUUCUGUUAGAUCAGAAACUAUUUCAAUCGCUAGUCACUAGACAUGGUUUUUAUUUAGUAACCAUUCGUUCUAGUGUCCUGGUUUUCUAUCCACUCCAUUUUGUAAAAUAAUAUACACUCGAUUCGAUAUCAACAACAUUUAAAACUAUAUCUGGCGAUGCGAUUCGCUUGUUCUUUAUGGCGCCAUUAACAUUGAGCACAAACUGUUUUAUAAUGCUCCUUAAGAAGUCUUAAUCGUAUGCAUGAAAUAUGUUGCUUUUUGUUUAUUCAAUGAUUUAAAAUGAUGAUAAACAUUUCUUAAAUGGACGCAUGUUGUUAUUUUUUAAGAAAUUGCCAUGAUUUUAGAGAAUGAAAAUAUCGCAGUUUUAAAACAUGUUAAAAUCUUUUUUGUUUAAAUAUAAAAAAAUCUUAGGUCUUAUGGGAAAUUAAAAACAGUCACUAUGUGCCAAAAAUUUGAAUAUUUUUUUGUGAGAACAGGUUAGAAGUCUAUAAUACAAAAUUGUCUGUUUUCUUUUUAAAAUCAAAUAAUUUGGCUUCAGCACUUUUGUGGAAACUUUAAAUUGUAUAUUGUAUUAGUUAGUUUAACCGAAAUAUAAAGGAAUUUGAUUUAAUGUCGAAGUGCUAAGAAAAUUGCAUAAAUUAGUUUCAUAUAGGUGAAAUCUAAGAUCAGUUUGUCUACAGUUUUUUGAGUACACGCCAUAAUUACUUAUACAAAAUUCCAAUAAAAACACGAAUAUAUUUCUUACUCAAAAAGGCGUUGAAAACUCUUUAAUAAGUAUUUGGAUAAAAAAGUCUAAAUUAUACUAAAAUGUCAGUUUGUCUAGAUUUUAAUUAUUUUAGCUGUUUAAACUUCUAACUUGUUAAACUUGUCAUUCUAAAUCUACUAUAAAUUUAUUAGACAAUAUUUAAACGUCGAAUACAAUAAUUAUAAACAAUAACUGUAUGUAAAACUCUAAAAAAUAUCAAUUUUGUGAGAAUGUUUUGUUUAGACUGCGAAAAACAAUUUUUUUAACUGACGAACAAAAUAAUCUGUACCUCAGUGUAAAAGAUUAGGUUUUCUAUUCUAUAUACUAUAUAGGAUUAAAAUUGAAAUAUUUUAUUGUAAAGCUCGAGGAGUUUAUUUUUAAGGUUUAACUCUUCGAGAUACUUCCAAAAAUUGUAUGAAUUUAUUCAAUAAAGUGAAAAUAAAGA